AUGGCUGAUUUAGUUCACUUACACACGAUAGAUUUUGAUGUUAUUCUAGUUAGAGUUAAUGAUUUUAGUGUUGAGACACCUCCUAUUGAGUCAGUUCCAGUUGUGAGUGAAUUUCCUGACGAUCUUCUUGGAGUCCCUCCUGAGAGAGAAAUAGAUUUCGAUAUAGAUCUUCUUCCCGAUACUCAUCCUAUAUCUAUUCCGCCAUAUAGGAUGGCACCAGCUAAAAGGACAGUUCAAAGAUCUCCUAGAGAAGGGAGGAAAGUUGAAGAGCAAGGGGUAUCUAAUGCCCCAGAAGUGCAACCUCAAGGAGAAGUCACUAAUGCUGAAUUUCAGGAAGCAAUCCAAAUGCUAAGUCAAGAUGUGACCAACCAAGUUGGACAACAAAGAGGGGCUAGACAAGAAUUGGCUCAUACUUCAAGGAUCUGUGAGUUCUUGAGGAUGAAUCCUCCAAGCUUCAAGUGUUCAAUCACCGCAGAGGAUCCGGGAAAUUUUAUAAAGGAACUGCAAAAGGUGUUUGAGGUUAUGCAUGUUGCCGAUGCUAAGCGAGUGGAACUAGCUUCCUGUCAACUGAAGUGUAAUGCGAGGACUUGGUUUGACCAGUGGAAGAAGAGUAGGGCUGACGAUGCACCAGUUUUGAGUUGGAUUGUGUUCGAGAGUGCUUUCUUGGGCAGUUUCAUUCCGCGUGAGCUAAGAGAAGCCAAGUGUGGUCACGAGGAUCACAUCAUGAAAGAGUGUCCUAAGAACAGGCAAGGAAAUGGUAAUAGGGGCAAGAGAGCCCAAUCUUCUUCAGUUGCUCCACUAGACAAGGCUACACCUAAAGGAGCUACUUCAGGGACUGGCGGAGAAGCAAACCGCUAA